AUGAAUGCCCUUUUACCACUGAUCUUCCUGUUUUUCAUUAGUUCUCUAGGUUGGGCAAAAGAUAAGCACUACUUCAUAAGCAUUGAAGAAGUACUUUGGAAUUAUGCUCCUUCUGGUAAAAAUAUGCUCAGUGGAAAGCCUUUUUCUGAAGAUCAAAACUUUCAAUCCCAAAAAUAUCAACAAGGAAGUCAAGAUAGGAAGAAAUAUGUUUAUAAAAAGGCAUUGUAUUUUCAAUAUACUGAUAAAACCUUUCAAACAAUCAUUGAAAAACCAUCCUGGUUGGGAUUUUUAGGUCCAAUAAUUAAGGCAGAGACUGGAGACUACAUUUAUGUACAUGUAAAAAAUUGUGCUUCAAGGGCCUAUAGUUUCCACCCCCAUGGGCUCACCUACAGUAAAGAAAAUGAAGGUGCUAUCUAUCCUGAUAAUACCACCGGCCUACAAAAGGAAGAUGACUACCUGAAGCCAGGGAAACAGUAUACUUACAAGUGGUUUGUAGACGAAAAGCAGGGGCCUGGCCCCAGUGACAGUGACUGUGUGACAAGGAUUUACCACUCCCAUGUAGACACUGUAAAAGACGUGACUUCAGGACUUAUUGGAGCAAUUCUGACUUGUAAAAAAGGUACACUGAAUGGAGACACUGAAAAAAAUACCGAUGAGUCAUUUUUUCUGACAUUUUUUAUAGUCGAAGAAAGCAAUAGCUGGUAUAUAGAUGAAAAUACUCACACAUCUAAUGAAUCUGGAGAAGUUAAUACUAGUGAUCCUGGCUUUGUGGAGAACAAUACCAUGUACUCCAUAAACGGGUACAUAUAUGGAAAUCUGCCCAAUCUUACCAUGUGUGCAGAAGACAGGGUCAAAUGGCACUUCGUUGGCAUUGGUGGUGGGAUUAACAUACAUUCCAUCUAUCUCCACGGACAAACUCUGAUCUCCCGGAAUCACAGAAAGGACAACAUUAUAGUCUUCCCUGCCUCGUUGGAAGAUGCCUUCAUGGUGGCCAAGGGCUCCGGAGAGUGGAUGCUGGGCUGCCAGAUACAUGAGAGUCUGCAAGCAUUUUUCAAAGUAAAGAAUUGCCACAAACCUUCAACGAAUGUAUCUGGGACACAGGUUAUAGAUUACUAUAUUGCUGCUGAGGAAAUUCCUUGGCAAUAUGCGCCAUCUGGUAUAGAUUUCUUCACUAAUAAAAAUUUAACAGCGCCUGGAAGUGAGUCCGAGGUAUAUUUUAAGCAAGGCCCAACAAGAAUUGGAGGAACUUACAAAAAACUAGUUUACCGUGGAUACACAGAUGCUUCCUUCCGAACACAGAAGGCAAGAGAAGAACAUCUGGGAAUUCUUGGCCCUGUUAUUAAAGCAGAGGUGGGAAAGAUCAUCAAGGUCACUUUCUACAACAAUGCUUCCCUGCCACUCAGCAUGCAGCCUCAUGGACUGCGCUACAGCAAGAGCAAUGAAGGCUCAUUCUACAAAACACCCAGGGGAGGCAGCCCUCCUCCCUCCUCACAUGUAAAUCCUGGCACAAAAUUUGUCUAUACGUGGGAAGUUCCAAAAGACGUAGGUCCUACCUCCACGGACCCCAACUGCUUGACCCGGUUCUACUACUCCUCAGUAAAUGGGACAAAAGACACUAACAGUGGCCUCGUGGGGCCUCUCCUUGUGUGUAGAAGUGGAAGUCUUGAAAAGAAUGGCAAACAGAAAGGAGUAGACAGAGAGUUUUACCUGCUUGCCACACUAUUUGAUGAAAAUGAAAGUCUUCUCUUGGGUGAAAAUAUUAAAACAUUUAUUACACAUCCUGAAAAUGUGAAUAAAGAGGAUCCAGACUUCCAAGACUCUAACAGGAUGUACUCCAUAAAUGGAUUCAUGUACGGAAAUCUGCCCAAACCAGAGAUGUGCGUAGGAGACCAAGUCUCAUGGCACGUUCUUAGUGUGGGAUCAGAGGCAGAUUUACACGGGAUAUAUUUUUCAGGAAAUACCUUCGUUUCUACGGGAUCAAGGAAGGACACUGCAAAUGUGUUUCCUCAUACCACUGAGACGCUUCUUAUGACACCUGAUUCUGUAGGAACUUUUGAUCUGUCUUGUCUGACGACAGAGCACUAUAUAGGAGGCAUGAAACAUCAAUACCAAGUGAGGAAGUGUUCGAAGCCAAACCCUGAUCAAACACAAUACCUGGAGGAGAAAACUGUUUACAUUGCAGCUGAGGAAAUUACCUGGGAUUAUAUGCCUAGCAAGAAGUGGCAGGAAGAGCUGCACCGGUUACAGAGAAAGAAUGAAACAAACAGGUAUACAGAUAGAGAAGGAACACAUCUUGGGUCUAAAUACAAAAAAGUUAUAUACCGUCAAUAUGAUGAUGGCACAUUUACCAGUAAAACAAAAAGAAAUGAAGAUGAGAAACACCUGGAUAUACUAGGUCCAUUAAUAUUUCUCAACCCCGGUCAAAAAGCCCGAAUUAUCUUUAAAAAUAAAGCCUCAAGACCUUAUUCCAUUCAUGCUCAUGGAGUGAAAACGAGCAAUUCCUCUGUUGUUUCAACUCAGCCAGGAGAGAUUCGAACGUAUAUCUGGAAGAUCCCGGAAAGAACUGGUCCUACCUCAAAAAACUUUGAGUGCAUUCCUUGGUUUUACUAUUCGACUGAGUCCGUGAUUAAGGAUCUCAACAGCGGACUGGUAGGUCCUUUGAUCGUAUGUCGCAAAAACGCCAAAUCCAACUUAGUUCACCGUAUUCUCCACUUCAUGAUUUUUGAUGAGAACAAAUCUUGGUACUUGGAAGAAAAUAUCAAUACCUAUUCUUCAGAGCCGAAUAAAAUAGACAGGAACGAUAUUGAUUUUGUCUUCAGCAACCUAAUGCAUGCUAUUAAUGGAAGGCUAUUUGGAAAUAACCAAGGUCUGACGCUGUAUGUCGGAGAUGAAGUGAAUUGGUAUCUGCUUGGCAUGGGGAGUGAAUUGGACCUGCACACAGUUCACUUUCAUGGUCACAGCUUUGAAUUUACGGAUCAAGGACUGUACCGAUCUGAUGUUUAUGACCUUCCUCCUGGCGUCUAUCAAACUGUAAAAAUGUAUCCAAGAGAUGUUGGAACCUGGUUAUUUCAUUGCCAUGUUGGUGAGCACAUUGAGGCUGGAAUGGAAAGCACUUACACUGUGGUUAAAAGAAAAGAAUAAACACCUCCGUAACAUGAAUACUGACAAACCAGAAGAACUCUGGGAAUGAAGAGCUCUAGGAGGGGCCGGCUGAAGACUUCUCUGACAAUGUAGCAAGAAAACUAAUUUGAAAUAAAAGUUUU